AUGGAUACUAUUGACCACAAUUUCAAGAAUCCUUGCAUUAUUUCCCGAUCACACCUAGCUCGACUUCUCGUCAGCCAUCAACAUGACAUGGUGCAGCACCAAGGAAGACACUUUACGGAGGGAGCUGUGACAAGUGCUGGUUAUUGGAUUGUUGGCUGUAAGAAACUAGUGUCAUCUGUGAUUUACAACUGCGUAAUAUGCCGCAAGUUGCGUGGACGUUUAGAGCAUCAGAAGAUGGCAGAUCUACCAUCCGUACGAGUUCGUCAGUCUCCACCGUUCACCUAUGUGGGUGUUGAUAUGUUUGGUCAAUGGGAGGUGGUGACAAGAAAGACACGUGGAGGAAGUGCCAAUAGCAAGCGGUGGGCAAUACUGUUUACCUGCCUGUCCUCCAGAGCUUCCCAUAUUGAGGUGGUAGAAGAUAUGUCUUCAUCGGCCUUCAUCAACGCCCUUCGCCGCUUUAUUGCCAUUAGAGGACGUGUUGCAGAAUUUAGGUCUGACAGAGGCACUAAUUUCGUUGGAAGCACAGAUACGUUGGGAAUCAGUGCAGUGAAUGUAGAAGACCCAACCUUCAAAAACUUCUUGACCAAGAAUGGCUGCAGUUGGAUUUUCAACGCCCCCCACUCUUCCCAUAUGGGUGGUGUUUGGGAAAGAGUUAUUGGACUUGCAAGACGAAUUCUUGAUGCCAUUCUCCUAAAGCAGCCGAAGCGUCAACUUACCCAUGAUGUCCUUGUAACGUUGAUGGCGAAAGUUACAGCAAUACUCAACAACAGACCAUUGGUUCCUGUUUCGAUGGACCCACACAACCCAUUGGUACUUACCCCUAAUAUGUUGCUCACUCAGAAGAGUGAAGCAGAUGUUCCACCCUUUCAGGAACUUGACAUAAGAGACAUGUAUGUUUCCAGCUGGAAACAUGUACAGGUUAUAGCACAGCAGUUUUGGAAACGGUGGCACAGUGAAUAUUUGCAACUUCUUCAGCAAAGGAGAAAGUGGACAGAUUCUAAGGACAAUCUACAGGUUGAUGAUGUUGUUCUGCUUCGAGAGAAGGAAGCUCAUCGCAAUGAUUGGAGUAUGGGUGUUAUCAAUCGAACAUUCCCUGAUGAUGAUGGCAAGGUCCGAAAGAUUGUUUUUAUGUACUGCUUCCGUUUAAACUACCGGUAA